UUUCAAAAUAUGGAAGAAGAGUAUGGAUGGGACAAGGUCCACAGUCUUAUCAUACUUUUACUUUUUGUACUUUCUCCAGAAAUUUCUCUCUGUAAUCCUCUGGUUCUCUGUCGAACAACGGCUUCAUUUUGAAAUUUGGUCUUUGAGCUACGAACUUUUCGGUGUGAGUAUUUCUCUGAUGCGGUAGUUGAGUUUCAAUUUUCACACCCACCAGAACCUUACUCAUUUCAAGGGUUUCCGUGCUUUUUAAUCACUCUUUCGUUGCGAUUCUAGAUUUGAUGGAAUGUGAAGUUUGUGUUAAUGUUCCUCGGCUGUUUAAAUCUUUGAUCCGUGGCAGCAUAACACUGUCUUCUUAAGGAUGGCAUCUGGAAAUCCUUGUUUUGAUGAUGUGCGGAGCAAAGCAGAGGUUAUUGAUCCUCCACAAAAUCAAGAUAUGAUGGACAUCAGGGAAGCUGUGGAUGGUCCAACUCAAAAUGAACUUAAACCUAAUGUUGCUGUUUCCGGCAGCGUUCGCCAGCUUUUGGAAUGCCCAGUGUGUUUGAAUGCAAUGUACCCUCCAAUACAUCAGUGUUCGAAUGGUCACACACUGUGUUCGGAUUGCAAGCCUAGGGUGCACAAUCGGUGCCCUACGUGCAGGCACGAACUUGGCAAUAUUCGAUGCCUUGCAUUGGAGAAGGUGGCUGCAUCACUAGAACUUCCAUGUAAAUAUCAGAGCUAUGGUUGCAUUGGCAUAUAUCCUUAUUACAGCAAGGUCAAACAUGAAUCCCAAUGUGUUUAUAGACCUUAUAGUUGUCCAUACGCUGGAUCAGAAUGUUUGGUCGUUGGUGAUAUACCCUAUUUGGUGGCCCAUCUCAAAGAUGAUCAUAAAGUAGACAUGCACAGUGGAAGCACAUUCAACCAUCGAUACGUAAAAUCAAACCCUCAAGAAGUCGAAAACGCAACAUGGAUGCUAACGGUUUUCAGUUGCUUUGGUCAUUACUUUUGCCUGCAUUUCGAAGCUUUCCAGCUUGGAAUGGCUCCAGCAUACAUAGCAUUCUUGCGGUUCAUGGGCGAUGACGAUGAUGCAAAGAACUACAGCUAUAGUCUCGAAGUGGGUGGAAAUGGGAGGAAGAUAGUAUGGCAAGGGGUGCCCAGAAGCAUCAGGGACAGCCAUCGAAAAGUUCGGGAUAGUUUCGACGGGCUCAUUAUCCAAUGUAACAUGGCGCUCUUCUUCUCUGGUGGAGACCGUAAGGAACUGAAGCUUAGGGUGACUGGUAGAAUUUGGAAAGAACAGGAGACUGGGAGAACAGCUUAUGAUGAAACUUUCAGUUCAAAUCCUAUCUUCUUGUCCAGUAGUCGGUUGCCUUUUUGUAGAGUAAAUGAGGCUUUCUAAAUCAUGAGUUUCUUUUUAAAUUAAGAAGCAAACACUCCUUGCUGCUCUUGCGUCAAACCAUGGUUUAGAAAAGAACUUGUAGAACUUGAACCUAUUCCACCUGUCCUUCUUGGAUGUUAACAAUUUCAGUUAGCCAUUGCUCCA